AUGACGUUGACUCCCUCGGCCCGGGGCCGUUCGUCUGAGUUUCGAAAUGACCAUGACCUGUAUGUGUCCAGCGCUUUGUCCAGCCCGUGUGCGGACGUGAAUCUCUUGGAUGUGGGUCAUCCCAUGUUCAACAGUGAGGCGUCCUUGAAGCAUCUCGUACGGCACCAGCGCAUCCGCACCAGCGGGAACUUGUCGAAGCGGCCGGCGGGAACGCGGGAGCAACGGUGGUGUGUGCUACCCAUGUGGAUGACCUGGUGGACCUUUUGGAUGGUCCUCGUAUGCAUCACUGCAAUCUUGGCAGUGAGCUUGGUGAAUAUCUUGAGUACCAAGAAUUUGUUGGAUCUUGAGCACAAGGAGUCUGUCCUGGGCCUGGCUCAGGCCUUGGAGGCCACAAAGCAACUGCAACCGCCGCCCGCUCCGCUCGGUGGCUUCAUAGGUCGCGACCCGGUCGCGCGGCGGCCGUCGGGCGGUCGAUGGUCAAAAGGGAGCCAAGAAGUGCGCGAAGCGGGUUGGACCAACCAAAGGGGGGGAACUUCUUCUUUUGUCUGA